AUGGAGCUCAGGCAGGUGUUUCUUCCUCUGGUCGUGAAUCUCGCAGCCCGUUCCCUGGAAGCAGAGCGAGUAGAUGCCCAGGGCGCACUCAGGCCCGUGCAGGCCCCGGGAGCUGGGGUGAAGGGGACCGAACAGGUGUACUUCGGUGGGGAGGAGGCGGGUCGCCAGCAGGUGUCGGUGCUCGGGGCCACGGGGCUCCUGGGUCUGGUUCUACUCUGGGCCCUGGGGGCCGUGACGUCCGGGACGGUGCCGGCCUCCCAGAUGGGCCAGGGGGCCUCCUGCGUGGUGGCGUGUGCAGGGUCAGCAGAGCCCCACCUUCCUGUGGGCACCAGAUACACCUGUCACUUUGUCACCAACACCAGUACUGGCCAGCAGGGGGCCCUGGUGGAGGGGAGUGGCCUUGGCCUCCAAGGAUUGGUCAUCUCGGACGUGCUUGGCCCAUGCCAGAUGGCCUUAUGGCUUCAAGGCUUCCAGGUGACAUCCAUCUUGGGGUCCAAGGUGACAGUUCUGGAGGAGUCCGAGACUUUGAGCGCUGCCCUGGGUCACAACCCUCGCUUUGUCCUGCUCGAGGGGUGCGUGGGGCGCCUGUGUCCCCGCCGCUCGGAGCCUCGCGCAGUGCUGAGCCUGCUGCAGGGGCUCCCCGGUGCCGCCGGCCCCCAGACCUUCGCCCAGGUGGACGUCCUGGGCAGGUGUCCCCACGUACCAGCCAGACGGACGGUGUGCGGAUGCGCAAGACCAGGACCUGGCCGCUGCGCCCCGAGCAUGGUGCGCUCCUUGCUGCGCCCCCAGGUCCUGCCCGGGGAGGAGCGCUUCAGAUCCAGAUCAGAUCCUGAUGAUGGGGAAGUAACUCCAAGCAGCCUGUUGUAUGAAUGGGAGGAAACACGAUCUCAGGCUACGGUGGUCACGGUGACCGUGUCGGUGAGGAAGCUGUGCUUUGCUCAGACCACGAGCUUUGAGGCCGCAGAACUGUUCCUGACGCUGGUGUCGGAGCUCCAGGACCUCUCCGCAGAAGAGCUGCUGGCACUCUGGAGACUGUCUUCUUUGAAAUGUGGGGACAACUGGUGCUGUGAGUAUGCCCGUACUGCAGAUGAGGAAACUGAGGCCCAAGGAGGCUGCGAGGCUUGCCUGAGGUGGUACAGCUGCCCUUCCUUCCUCCGCGGGGUGUGUCGUCACGUGCCCGGGCGCACCGUCGCUUGGUCCUCCUUCCCCUGCUGUGACCGGCAGGCAGUGGGCGAGGAAUCGGAGGACCAACCAGCCGGGGGCAGCGGUCAACACCCUCCGGAGGUGUGGGUUUUUGUGUGGAGCCACGUGCUGCAGCUACUGGAGACCGAGGGGCUGAGGCGGACUCUCCGGGACCACCCCGAGGACAUUCUCAGCCAGGAGCUCCAGCCGUCAAGGACGCGGGGAUCGAAGUCACUCUUUCCCUCACUGUCUAGCAGCCUGGGAGCCAACCUGGAGCAGACCUUUCUCUUUUCUCCAGCCUCCUUCCUCCCCCGUUCUGCCAUGCCUAAUCUGACCAUCCACGCCCUAGGUCAUGCCUUCAACUUGCUGGAGCUUGGCCUUCGGCUGGAAAAUGCAGAGAAAAUCGCCCAGCUGUUUGACAGGAAGUCCUUCUGGAGGCAGGAAGAGGAGAGAGAGGCUCAAGCAGAGAAGUUUCCAGAGCCAGAAGCAGAGCCCACACCACAGGCAACCAGCCAUGACUGUCUGGAAGAAAGAUCCAGAAAGAUGAGAGACCUGCAGCCGAAGGGGCAGGCGGUGCAGGUGGACCGGAGGCUGAACCUGGCCGUGCAGGAACUCGCCUUCCCCACCGUGUCUGGCCUUCCAGCCUGGCUGACCCUAAACGCCUCGGCCGCCAUCCGCGUGCGCGUGCGAGGCACUGCCGGCCUCCAGCAGCCUCUCGACUCGUCUCCGAAUGGUCACGUCAAGCCCAGUGCCCUGCUCCGGAUCUCCGUGCAGAUGGGCAGGGCAGGUGCCCUGGGGCGGGCCGCUCGGUGGGUGGCCAGCAUCCAGGGCACCGCCAGCCUGGACUGCAGGAUGCAGGCGAGGAAGGGGCGGGGCCUCACGGUGCACCUGAAUGCGCCCAGGGAGGCCGCGGAGCUGCAGAGCCUCAGCUCUAAGCUGUACCUCGUCACCGGGGAUGGCGUGAGGAGCCUCAGUAACGUGCACGGCCCUCCUGAGGCCCGAUCCUGUACUGACAAAGAAGGGAGGCGGGGGUCCUGGCCAUGGCUGAUCCCAGCAUUUGAGUGUGGCUCUCUCCAGUUUGUGCUGCAGGUGUCUGAGAGCCGGGUGGAUUACCGCACGCAGCUGCACCACCUGAGCCUUCAGCCCCGCAUGGAGAACAGCACCCACCUGAAGGGUCAGGACAGCAGGCGGCUGCUCUGGGUGGCAGCCAUGAGGUGAAAAGACACCUUGAGCUACCUUGUGAUGGGAAGAGACCUCAGGGCCUUUGCACGAGCCUUGAACCUGGAUAGUCCAUGGCUGAUGGUCUCCGUGGCUCACAGGCUGUACUGGGCCCGCCGACCCACUUUCCAGGCUGUCCAGGAGCUGACGCUGGGCAAGGCCUGGACCCUCAAGAACCUGGUGAUGAAUGUGGCCCGCAGGAGCCGCGGCCGUGACACGGAGGGCAAGAUCCACAUCUGCACCGCAACUACCACUUACCUCUGGGUGCGCCUGCUUGGUGUCCGCGGUGACGGCCCCUUCCGCAGCCGAGCUGAGGUAGAGCCGGCAUGGAGUGCAACGUUGAAGAGUGAGAUCCACGCAGAGAACAGCCAGGACCGGAAGAUACUUCGCUGCUGGUGGAAGGGCCCCCUGCGGGAGGUGAACUUGACCGCAGCUUCCAGGCACACGGAGCAGCCCCGGAGCACCCCCGUGUCGCUGGCGGCUCUGGUGACCGGCACGAGGGGCCAGCCUCAGGGCCUGGAGCUGGAGGGCAAGCUGGAGGAGGUGACACGUGACUGAGGGUCGUACCAGAAGCGGGCCUUCCUCCUCAGGCAGCCCCUGCCCUUGCCCAUCCCGCAGAGCCUCCUCCUGCAAGAGACCCUCACGGCAGACGGGCGACAGCAGCAGUGCUCCCUGGAAACGAGGCUUGUCCUCAACGGCCGAGAGGAGACCCUGCAGACUGUAGCUGGCUACCAGGCUGGACACCCCUACGUCUGUGCGGGCCUGAGUGGGGCCGUCCCCGGGAAUGUGGAGGGGCGUGCCGUUGCUUGGAGUCAGCGCGCCCUCUGCGAACCCCUGACUCAGAAGGUGAGAUUCACGUUUGUCUACGUGCCCUUGGUGAAUUAUUCCACGACUCUGGACCCCCGUCUUGCCGUCUGUAAAACGGAGACGCUCCUCACCUGUAACGCGGUGGUUGUGAGAACCAAGGCGCUAAGAACAGGGAGGUGGAGGUCCCUUGAAAGCCAACCAGAAAGUCGCGCUGCACUUGAGGGUCUGCACUGUGGCAGAUCCCAGGGCGAGGAACUGCGGCACAGCCUGGCCCUGAGCGCAGCUCAUGCCUCCCGGCUCCGUCUUCCCCGGGCCCUGAGUCUGGAUGGGGACCUUGUCUUCAGACGGCGUCCCGGGGGACUGUUUGACUGCAGUGUGGACACCAGGGCUGCUGUCAGCCCCAACGUCACAUCCCAGCUCAACGGAUCUGGCUCCCACUUGGAGUUCCUUUUCCAGCUCUGGCAUCCCCAUAGACCCACGUUUCCUCCAAACUUUCAGGUGCGGACGAUCGCAGGGGCCAGGUAUGCCGAGGCGCAGUGCAACCAAGUCCCAGGGCCGCAGUACAAGCCACGGCAUCCCAGCACCAGGAAAACACCGAUGCUUACGAAACUAUGGAAAACCUUUGCUGCUCAUGCUGAGGCCGACACCAGCCAGGACUCCCGGAGAAGCAGCAGGGCCUGGAGCAGUCUCCUCCUCCACCAGGCAGUCCCACGUCCCAGGGCUGUUGAGCUGCUACUGUCUAGCAAGGUGGCCCCAGCCAGGGUUUGGCUGUUUUACAAGGUGCUGGUGGACCAGAGCACGGCCCAGCUUGUCGUCCGGGCCUCCUCAGAGCAGAGGCGAGGCCAGGUCCUGACCCUGCGGAGCCGAGCCCAGCACACGGUGGCUGGCUGGCCAGCUGUGCCCCACCUCCUGACCGUCAAGGGCAUGCUGAAGCAGAAGGAGUCAUUCAGAGAGGGACUCCCCUUGGCGGCAGAGAUGCUCCUGUCACACAUGCAUGCGGCUUCCAGCUUCUCGGCCUGCAUGGCAAGCGCCCCACAGCACGUGGCGGCCAGGAUGACGGCCAGCGUGGAUGGUGAGCAUCUCCUCCACGUGGCCCUGGAGGGCGGCGGCUCCCCCGCGUGGGUCCGGGCGUCCGUGCGCGCUCCCGGCGGCCUCUGCCCCGCGUGGGUCCGGGCGCCCGUGCGCGCUCCCGGCGGCCUCUGCCCCGCGUGGGUCCGGGCGCCCGUGCGCGCUCCCGGCGGCCGCUCCCCCGCGUGGGUCCGGGCGUCCGUGCGCGCUCCCGGCGGCCGCUCCCCCGCGUGGGUCCGGGCGUCCGUGCGCGCUCCUGGCGGCCUCUGCCCCGCGUGGGUCCGGGCGUCCGUGCGCGCUCCCGGCGGCCGCUCCCCCGCGUGGGCAAGGCUUCAUCCGCUCACCCUGGGUGACUAUUUUCUGAUGGAGUGGGACAAGUUUAAGUCCAAAAAGAAGCAGCAGCAAGAGACCCAGAUGCAGGCCGGCAUGGCCCUCCACGGAUGGGACGAUGGCAUUGGCGUGGACCGGGCCCUGGUGGCCUGGCCGACGGACGGCGCCCUGGAGCUGGUGGUGAAUGCCAGACACGCGGUGCCCGCUCUCCGGAGGCUGGGCCUGCCCUCCGCCAGCCAGCUCGUGUUCUAGAAGCUCUGGGCAGAGGAGCAGGUGCGCUCCUCCCUCUGCCUGACCUGUGAUUCUCAAGCCAGCCUGGUCCUCGAUGUACGUGGCCAGAGCUGGGUGCUCAGCAAAGAGCUGCACCUCUCGGGCCAGCACUGCCUCCCUGGCCUCCUGGGCCGCUGCCCCAGACGAGCCUCAGCCUCUGCCAAGCUGCGCUACUCCGAGCAGGAGGCCCAGAGCGCGGGUUUCGUGGCGGUGGAAGAGCGUCAUGUCCACGUGGGCACCCGGCUGGUGACAGCGAACGCCAGUCUCACCAGGAUCAUCAGGCUGGAGCAGACCUUCCCCCAGCUCGGCGCCGUCCCCGGGGACCUGGCCCUGCAGACCUCGUAGGAGGGAGCCCGCGACCGCACCCUGCGCCGGAUGGUUCUCUGGGACGAGCAGGUGGUGACCGUCAACGGGAGCCUCCAGGGGCCCUUCCCCAGACCCUCUGGGGACCUCGGCCUCCGGGUGGGGCUCACGCACCUGCUGCGCCUCCCCGUGCCGCGACACUGCCGCCUCAGCCUGACCUCCGAGCAUUCACGACGUGCACGCCAGGACCGCCUGGCCAUGGGCUGGGACGGCAAGGACCAGGUGCUGGUCUCCUCCUCCCUGCAGUUGGGGAAGGACAGGCUGGCCCCCCGCCUGGCCCUGGCUCACCCCUUCAACCUCUCCUGGUCCUGCCUGGAGGCCAGUGGCCUUGCUGAGGGCAGGGGUAGCACACAGAGCCGCCAGGUGCAGCUGGUCCCGGACAGAGGGCAGCCCGUGACCUUGCACCUGGCCUUGACCGGCAGGUCCUCGGGGUACGAUUCAAUCGGGGACGGCUGCCUGGCCGCCUCGCUGGGUCAGUUCCGGAACUCCUGGGGCUUGGGCGCCCUCGGGGCCUGUGGGGCCUUAACACAGACCCUGGCCGCGUUCAGUGAGCGGCUCCAUCAGUCCUGGGCCGGCCGCCGGGUGCGGCAGAACCUGACCUCCGAGAGACACCGGCCGUCCCAGCCCGACAGGAUGCUCGUAGAGGCCAGGCUAGAGCGCAUCCUCCCUGCCCCCCGCCCCACCCAGAGCUUCCGGGGGGAGCUGGAGACCGCCACCCGCACCAGCUGCACCGUUCCCUGCGCCUGGGGCUCUGUGGCCUGCCCAGGGCUCUCUGGGGAGCACACCCUGGGCCAUGGUGAGCCCCUGAUGCGUGCCCGCCGUCAGCUGGGCCUUGCCCCGGACCCAGACCACGGCCUGACCCUCCGCCACCACAGCAGGCCUCGGGCACCAGACUUCUCGGGGGAGCUGGAGAGACCCCUCCCUCUGGCAGGGAUCUCCCCCCUCCUCAAUGCUCUUUCCAGGAACUGCUCAUUGCUGGUGAUGCUGCCGCCUGUGGGGGACGAGCCCCUGGCUGUGGCCCGGGUGACAAGCUACCUGGUGGAGAAGCUGGCGCUGCCCUUCCGUGCCAUGAACGGGACCAGUGUGCUGGCUGAGUACUACCGGCUCAGGCAGCGCCUGCUGGGGAGCCCCCACGAGUACCACGCGGAGGUGGCCGGGGCCAGGCACGUGGUGACCUUCGCCGGCCAGGGGUGGAGCCUCGGGGCCCGCUGCUGGCCCAGGACUCUGCCCACACCACGUUCUCGCCAGUUCGGGGCUCGUGGCUGUGGCGCUCAACCACAUCUCCCUGGUCUUCUUCCGAGCUUACAGGCUGUAGGGUCCUCCCUGCCGACGGAGAGCUGUCUGCAUGUCGAUCUGCCACCUGCCACGAUGAGGAGGGACAUCCCCAGGGUCCAGAUGGCCAGUGAGGACGGCGUCUCCAUCAUGUGUGAUGUGCGAGCUGGCCUCUGUAGCCUCACUCUGGGCCCCUGGCUUCACGGCGUGUCUGCUGGCCUCCUGGGUACCAAUGACAAUGAGGCAGCCAAAGAGCCGAUGCUCCCGGACCACACCGUCGCCCGCGCCUGGCAGCUGCUCAGACUCGGGGGUGGCCCCCCACUCUGGAACCCCAUGCCCCUUUUCUACAUGCCCGGGAGAAGACAGGCCCAGGUGGAGCCCACCCUGUUCCUCAACUGGUGCACGCAGGACACCUGUGUUGCAGGUACCCGGGAGCUGUACCCUGCCUGCAACCUAGCUGCCACCUCCAUCCACCUGUGUGCCCGGGGCGUCGUGCCCCUGGACCCUCCUCCCCUGUGUGCCCUGGGUCAAUCGAUGUUCCGCCUGAUGCUGAUUCCCGUGGCUGAAGCCCACUGCGGGGGGCUGGAAGUCAACCACUGCACCAAGCAUGGCGAGUAG